AUGGGACAAAACAAAUCAUCAGGAGCUGUCUCUGAUUCCUUUAGUGAGUAUUUGGAGAAGGCAAGCCUAUCAUCCCGAGAACAAGAUCUCUAUCGUCCCAACACUUCCGAUGAUGUUUCCUCAACAACCUCAUUUGUGGAAGGUGAUGAGUCUGAUUCAUCAUCAACGGACGAUGAGAGCGAAUAUUUAAAAGACCAACUCGGAGAGGAAGAUGAUUCAUCAGCAUUUACAAAUCCUCUCCAUUCCACAUUGUCUUCUUCCUCGACAAUGAUGAAUUCAACAAGAGUGCCAAACAGUACUCCAGUGUUCAAGUCCAACAAUGCCAAAAUUACAUUUCAUAUCGAUCAUGUAACUGUGAGAAGGAAACGGCGGCGAUUGCCGACAACAGCAUGUUCUCCACAACCACCGAAUAAUGAAAACUUUCCCUCGUCGCCUUCACCACAGACUUCAUCACCAAGAGCACCUCAAAACAUUGCAUCUCAACCUUCUCCCUCAAAGCAAUGGUAUAUUUGUGAGAAAUAUUCCGAAUUGAAAAAGAUGGAUGGAAAAUUAGGAAAUGUUUUUCUUGCCACUCAAGUCGCGUACAAAAAGUCCUAUCACAACGGCAAUUAUUCACAACAGCAACCGUCACUUCAACAACAGCGACCAGUGGCAGAUAUUUUGACAAGCCCUUUAUUACCGAAUUCCUUUCAAUCCACAUCGACUUGUUCAUGCAACAAUACUGACACUGCAGAUGACAAGUCAAUGAACUUUUCAAGAAAUCAUGCAAUCUUACACCCACAUCACAAUAGACCUGUAAUUAUAAAAUUCCUCAAAUGCUCACAACAAGAGUGGAAUGGAGCUAGCUCUGCAAAUUCACAAUAUCCUCUCGAACGAUAUUUAAACGAGCUCAAAAACUAUUGGUAUAUGACUUUGAAUUCAAUUUCACAUGGUAGGAGCAAUGACAGCUCAGAAGACAAAAAGCGAGACGACUUCUUUUUUAAGAUCUAUGUAGAUCGAAAUUUUUACAAUUCUCCAGUUCCUGGAAAUGGUCAUGUUUUCAUCAUGCUGGUCAUGCCCUAUUUUGAACAUUGUUUGAGCUCAAUAAUUUCACAGUACAAGCGAAUGGACAAGACAUUUUCAUUGCUAGAAAUAAUUCAAAUUUUCAAGCAAAUAUUAAGACCAAUUUUGCAAUUGCAUCAACUUGGAUACGGUCAUCAUAACUUAAAACCUGAAAAUGUGUUUAUAAUUCCUCCCUACCAUACUCCUCAUCAUCAUUACUAUCCAUCUACACCUAGAAAUAGACCUAACAAAUUGAGAAAACAAGGUCUUACGAAAAGCAACCACUCGAAUGAAUCUUCACCAAGCUCUUUUCAGUCGUCUUCAUCAAUUCCCACUUACACACCUCUCUCACACAUUGGCCAGGAGUAUGACAUUAUUCUUACUGACCCAUUUCCUCGAAUGAAUAUUCUCCAACGAUCUAAUACUUCUCUUAUGAACAUGAGUGCCAUUAGAAAGAGUGUAGCCUCAUUCAACGAUUUAUUGCUUAGUGACUCAUUGCAUUACAACAAUCAUCGAAAAAGUAUGAUGGGCCUUGAACCUCUCUCUCCUCAUUCCAUUCUCACCCCUUCACCUUCCUCCAAUUCCAUGUCACCAACCACACAACCUCCUUCCAGUCCUUCAGCCUAUAACAUCAAUAAUCCUUCCAUCUUCAAUUUAACUCUCUCAUUGACUUCAACUAAAUCCCUCAACGAAUUUAAACCCUUUCCAAAUAGACAUGCUUUUGAGAUGAAAUCGCUUUCAGAAUAUUUAUCUCCAGAAUUUAAAGAAUUGCAAUCACUCAACAGUGGCAAGAAAUACGUGACUAUCAAACAAUUCUCUGAAAAUUUAUCGACAGAAAGUGGGUGCGAAGCGGACAUGAAGAGCAAUUAUGAAUUACUGUCAACCUCAAUCAUUGGUGCCACUGACAUUUUUGCUCUAGGUAUUUUAUUUUAUCAAAUCAUGAGCUUGGAUCUUACAUUGGAUUCUCUCGUACAUGCCUCUUCAAAUCAUUCCAAGAGAUGUUUCAUUAGAGAAUCGAUCAUGAUGAACUAUAGACAAGACGUGGAGUUUUUGGAUUUAUACGAAAGACUGAUCGAUCUGAUCACGUAUCAAAUGCUUGCCGUUCAUCCGGAAGAAAGAAUUUCUCCAAAAAAUUUAUUUCUACAUUUGGAUCAAAUAGAGUCGUUCAUUAAGAGAAGAGUUAUGGUGAUUCAUUGGGAUUUAGAUAAAACAACAGCCACCUCUGGCACUGUUGGGAAUGCCAUGAUGACAAACUGCACCAAUGUCACUCCCAAAACCCUAUUACAAAAAUCUACCCUCUCCGCCAAUUCUUUGACUUUCAACGCCGAAGAAGCUGAAUCCAUAUUUUACAAAUUGAUGGUACUUCAGUAUGCAGGUGGUGUGAAAAAUGCAUUACCAGAACUCAUGAAGAAGCUUGUUUGCAUAAGCUUGUACUCUCCACUGAGAGGUUUUCAAUCGCCUUAUCAAACGACAGGAUCUAGCGAUUUUAAAAAGACAUCAUCCAAAAAUGAGUCCAUCUCUAACAUGAUAACACUUACUUCAGUUGGGUCUGAAGAUUCUGGUAAAUUUUCAUUGACCGUUGCUGUUGAUGAAAUAGACCAUGAUGAUCCAUUCUCAAUACUCGAUCACAUUGAUUUACAAGGAUUUUAUCAUCCAGAACAUGAUGUUAAAUCUUUGAACCAGUUAGGUUUUUCACCUGAAGUGUUUUCCAUGCGGGGAAUAGGUUCAUGCUUUGGAGCUAGCAAAUUUAAAAUUGAAAAAUUCCUCGAAUGUAAGCGCUCUAAGGAGGUUGUGCUUGCUAGUAAGAGGUCACUCAGGAAGAAUCCUAUUUUUAACAAUACUCAACAAUAUCGAGUGACGUGCAUUCCCAUUCAUUCAUGUAUGACAUUGAAUGCCACUCCAAGAACCUUAAUUUCCAUCGAUCCAAAACUUCAAGUUCCAUUUUGUGAAGAGUAUUCAAGCGAUGUGAACAAGUGCAUCUCUUCACACGAUUCUAUUGAUUAUUAUUUUAAUGGAUACAAUAUUAUUGAGACCAUUCUUAAUUCAUAUAACUAUUCACAAACCUUAUUUCCAGUGAUUGAAAAAUUCUCCUGGGUUAACAUGCAUUGUAUAGUCGAGCCUGGAAAUAUUCUUAACUGUACACCGCUUAGCCAAUAUUUGGCUCUCAAAAAAGAAUCCUCCUCUGACAUUACGAUCGAUGAUUUAACGCCUUCAUACUUGAGUAGCAGCAGCAUGUUACUUUCCACGACUCAAGAACAUUUGCAUUAUCUUGACGAAGAGGAAUAUGUGAAAUUACAAAUACAAUCAUUCGUAAAACCUCUUCCGAAAACGCACUCGAGCCCAUUCACCACGCUGCAAGUUUGUAAUUUUGCACUGCAGCUUACCGAAUCCUUAAAUUAUUUUCAUCAAUUGGAUAUUGUUCACUGUAACAUUAACACUGAGACUAUUUUAUUUUGCGAGGAAAAGCUUGUAAUCACUGGCUAUGAUGAUUCUCAAGUGAAAGGAACCAAACUCGGUGAUCAUUCAUUCGUUGCACCUGAAUACUUUUUUGCUUUACAAAAUGGACAAGCUCUUAUGAUUACUGACAAGCUUGAUAUUUAUCAAUUUGGAAUUUUAUUGAUCGAGUUAAUUCUUGGCCUCGAAUUGGAUUCAAGCAUUUCCGUGUUGGCCAUCACUCAAAACGAAGAGAGAUUUGUUAAGGAGUUGGAUUUUCAAUUCGAGCUUCGAAAUAUUCCAAAACGAAUCAGCUCACUACUCAAGACAUGUGUUUGUGCGAAUCCUAAAAAACGCAUGUCUUCAAAAGAAAUGUUGUACGAGUUGAAUGAAAUUUUAAAAAAGAAGUAA